CUCGAGUCGCCCCUCCCAUUCUCGUUAAAACUCUCCGUUCCAUUCGCCAAUAAAGCGCUUUUGUCUUGGGGUCGGGAAGCUUAUGGGCUCUCGCCGGACACUUGAAGCGCAUUCCUCGACGUGGAGCUUUCAACCACUCGCUAGACACCGGUGGCUGAAGAGUUUUAAUGUAUUUUAAUAACUUUAUGCUGUUGCACAGUUUCGGGGACUUUUGACAGAGUGCCCCACGGACGACUAAAGGAUUUCCAGCUGUUUACUUGUUCUACGUGGGUCCUCUUGGAUAAAAAUAUUAUGUAGCACACAUUUCUGAGUACGCCGCAACUCAAACUUUACGCAGGGAACAGAACCGAUAGAGGGGACACCACCACCACCCCAGUCAAAGUGAAGUGAAACAGGAGGAGGCAUCUUGUUGAGUGGGCUGAGAGAGGAGACAGAGUGACUUCAGUGGCACCAUGAAGGCCUUCUUCCUCCCUCCGCUGACGCCCUUCCUCCUUCUCCUCUUGCUCCGGCUCCCUGGCAGGACUCUGGCCAGCGACUGUCCCCAGGACUGCACCUGCUCCACCCCAGAAUCCAUCUUCUGUUUCCAGCGCCGCUCUGCCACCAUACCCCAAGGCGUCCCGGAACCCACCAAGAACCUCUACCUCUUCGCCAACGGCAUCGAGACCCUGGCGGAGGAAGACUUUGUGGGCAUGGAGAGCCUGGAGAUGCUGGAUCUGAGUCAGAACAAAGUCACGGUACUGCCUGACCGGGUGUUUGAGCCUCUGACUUCCCUGAGGAACUUGGACCUCUCAGCCAACCAGAUCACCCAUCUGUCAGAGGAGAGCUUUGCGGGCAUGUCCCUACUGGAGAGGCUGUACCUCUACAGCAACCACAUCCGGACUAUACACCCUGCCGCCUUCCACGGCCUGGAGCAGCUGCUGGAGCUCAAGCUGCAGGGAAACCAGCUCACCUCGCUCCCCGCCCUAGCCAUGCCCAGACUGCUGCUGCUGGACCUCCGCUUCAACACCCUCCCAUCCCUGGGGUCAGCCGACCUCCAGAUGCCCAACCUGGAGUCUCUGAAGCUGGCCGGCCUGGGCCUCGAAAGCCUGAACGAGGACCUGAUGGCCAGCCUGGGGAACCUCCACGAACUGGACAUCUCUGGCAACGAGCUGGGCUCCUUCCCCCUGGCGCUGAGGGAGACCCAGGGCCUGAUCUACCUGAGCCUGGCCGGGAACCCCAUGGGCCCACUGAAGCUGGAGGACCUGAAGAACCUGAGCGAGCUCCAGGAGUUGGACAUCAGCAACCUGAGUCUGCAGGGCUUGCCUGACGGGUUCGCACAGCUUUUCCCUCACCUGACUAAGCUGACAGUGGCCGAGAACCCUUUCAACUGCCUGUGCACCCUGGCCUGGUUUCCUGGGUGGCUCAGGAACCAGGGGGUGACUCUGGGCAGGACGGAGGAGACCCGCUGCCACUUCCCUCCCCUCAACGCUGGGAAGGUGCUGGAGAGGUUGGAGCACAGGGAGUUUGGCUGCCCCACCACCACUACUGUCACCGCUAGCACAGUCAGAACCAGCACCACCAUGCCCCCCCCAGUCACCACCCUGCCUAGCACCUCCCCAGCCAUCCCUGCACCCGGGCCCAGUGAGGAGGACAACUCAACUGGGACAGACAGCCAGCCCCCGCUCCCUGACCCUGCCUCUCCCAGCAGCAGCAGCCAAGACCCAGAGGUGGACUUCUUAUGCCCCUCCCAGACCUGCUUGAAUGGGGGCACCUGUCGGCUGGACGGGCAAGGCCAUCUGGAGUGCACCUGCCCUCGUGGCUUCUACGGCACCUAUUGCGAGAACCGCCACCACUCCCACCCCCCUCCGGAUCAGGACCACAAUGACAACAACAAUUACAUUUCCGCGGCAACUGUCACCGCCGAUGCCCCCGACAUCAGCUCGCGCCUGGUGACCAGCUCCUCCAUCCUGCUGGACCUGCACCGCUACAUCAAGGUCCGGCCCUACAUCCGCGGCAUCCGUCUAACAUACCGCAACCUGUCGGGGCCCGACCGGCGUCCCAUGCAGCUCAGCGUGCCCGCUUCCUACCCGGAGUACACCCUGAGGGGGCUGCGGCCCAACUCCACCUACACAGUGUGCGCCAGCCCGCUGGGCGACCUCAGCGGUGGGGACAGCGUCUGCACGGUGGCCCACACAGCGGCCCAGCAGCACACUGCCACAGGGAGGCAGGUGGAGGACAAGAGGCUGACCACCAUGCUGGUGCCGGCUCUGGCCAUACUGCUGCUCCUAGUCCUGAUUGCAGCCACCGUGGGGAUGGUGUGCUACAUAAGGAGGAAACGGGCCAAGGGCCACCUGGAUCUGGAGUGUGAGCCAGCCCAGCUGGAGCUGGAGGGACUCAAGGCUGGUUCCAACGUUGGAGGGGUGAUGCCCCAAAAGCAGCCGGAGCCGGCUGUGGUUCAAAAUGGCGGCCUGGAGUACGAGGUGCUGCUAAUACAGGAUCAUUGCUCGCCGAACAACAACAUGGCUCUCUCUCAUAAGCCCUCUUAUUUCUGACGCCCAUCUCUGUUGCUACUCAGACCCAGAGGGUCAGACUAAAUACCUCUAGCUACUCCUUACCUCAAGGACUAGACACCAGCUAGAGUUGUUGGUGACAGUGGAGGAGAAAGAGAGGACCGGCUAGCCAUGUGUCAGCAAUUGAGAAACAGAACAAAUAUUAAACCGUGCAGACAUUAAAAUAUGUUUGAAAGGAUUAUUUGAAAAUAAGGGAGCCUUUUAAAGUGCCUUUAUUCUUAUUUCCACACCUCCUGCUUUGUUUCUACAUUCACAUUGCUGGACUGGCGCCCCGCGGCUCGCUACUGAGUGUGCCCACUCUCCACAGCAGGUCAAAGGUCAAGCGAGACUGGGCCAGGCAGAGAGACAUCAGGGUAGUGACCUAAUCCCUGCUGUGUCUACUCUAAAAUGGGGUCUGCACUGAAAUGGGGGUGUAUUGCUGUGCACCCCUUGUGAUACCUGAACUAUGUAAAAAGAGUAUAAGCAAUUAUUUUGCGCCGUAGCACCUCAGCACUACCCCAGUGGCACUUGCUGUGAAUGACAUCCGAGUCACCAAAUGAAGAGAACUUUUGUCAGUAAUUGAAAAGCAAGGUGCCUGACAUUUAUCAUGCUUUGUUUCGGCUCUAUUGCUUAGUGAAAUUGUCAUUUUUUUGUUGUGUUUGUAAAUGUUUUUAUACUCUUGCUGUUGUUGUUCUGUAAGUAUGUGACUGUUACCACCCUUCAUCCCCCCUUAACUGCUUGUGAUUUAACAGACAGAUUAAACCCCAGAUUCAAAUCUUUGAAGAUUAAAACUUGUUUGUACCAGCGAAGUCAAUCAAAGGCUUUACCCUACGAAUGUCAGACAGUCUGAGCAGCUGUAAGUCUCGUACUAAAUCCCCUCUCCAUUCUCUGGCCCUCAACCCCGCCCCCCACACAAAAAGCACCGAUAAACAGUUUCAGUUGGCUGAAACCUUAACAUUUGUUUCUGUGCUGCAGCGAACUUCAAGCAUCCCCUGAGCCUGCCUCAGAUCAACCACACACACAUGAUUACCACAGAGAGGAGAAGGGGGGAAAAUAAACAGUUAAUUUCUAAAGGCUUUAUUCAUUGUUUAUGUCCCCAAGAGGGAACACAGUUACUUCAGUAAACCGCAAUUCAAAAGAACGCACUUGUUAGCCUAGCUUAGCCUAGCUUAGCCUAGCUUAGCCUAGCUUAGCCUAGCUUAGCCUAGCCUCAGAGAGAGAUGCUUGUGGAUUUCCCAGAAUUAGCCUCUAUGGUGCUUUGUUGUGCACCAUUAACUGGUCUUUGGAAAAAGAGGAUCCCACGUCUUGCUCACUUGCAGCCAAGCAGACUAUGAAAAGUCCAAGCGUAGCAUAUAGUUGAAGGUUUUAUAUGGGCUCUGUCUGGGACGAGGGACAUUGAGGAAAAAAUGUGUACACCAAACUAGAAUAUGCUGAAACACCAGUGUUGAGAUUCAAAUCUCAGAAUGUGAAAACAGUCUUAAGUAACUUUUAUGUGUCUGGCGCUAACCUGCCUGCCCCCGAUGAGGAUCUCAGUGCCGACUACAGUAUGAAGAUCUCUAUCGGUAAACAGAUCAGUGAUAAUGUGGAAGCAUGUCCCGUCUUGUGCACAGAGAGGCAGACAUCAAGUCACUGUCAUGCUUCAGUAGUACUGUAUCCACCACUAAACACACACACACCGCACACACAUAUGCCCACCUACUCCAUCCACUACAUUUAAAGACAUUCUCCAGUACUUUUGUAUAGUUUUUAGCCAGUAGUUCUGAAAGUAGCAUUCAUGAGACAAAAGUGGUCCCUGUGUACUACGUUGCGUGUACUACGUGGAGAUAUGUGCCCCACAUAAUUUAUCUUUCUCAUUCUGCAUCUAGCUAGCUAACGCUCAAAUGGCAAGGGGCUAAAGCUCAUUGGCUAGAACUUGAAUUGCUAGGGGGAAAAUGUAGAGAAAAUGGAGCAGCACAGCUUCGAGAAAAAGUUCCUUUUAAACUAGGCAUUAAAUGGCUAAUUGAGGUAAGACAGUAAUUCUGUGAAUAGAGUAUGCAUUUUUAACUACAUAUUGACACAUCCAGCCCAAAGUGGGAGGUUUAACAAAUACUUAGCAGUCACUAAAGUUCCAGAGCAUGUAUUUAAACCUCCUGAAAUGGGCAUGUCAAGACAAGGGUCCCCUCUUCUAACAUGCCUAGUGACCAGGCGGUGUACAUUAUGACAAUUAUUUUAGUGAAAACAACACAGGAGAUUAAGAUUGGAAGUAAGGGUUGGUGGAUGCUGUCUACCACUAAAUCUUAUACCAUCUAAACAAAUACUUAGGCCUCAAUAUUUAACACUUAAAAUGACAUCUGUUUAAAGUGUGUAAAACUACCAAAAAACUUAACUGGAAUACUUGGUUUUACAAUACAAAAAACAUUGAAAAUAUCCAGAAAUAUUUUUGAUAUUAUUCCUAUUUUCCCUGUUUAUUUUGGGAAGCUUUCGUUGUUAUUGUUCAUCUCUUUCCAUGUCCUUUUGAAUUAAGUGAACAUAUUUUUAUGAGCAAAAAACCACAAUGUUGACAUUAUUAAAAAAGUUUAAAUAAAAACUGAAAACAAACA